AGGUUGAUAGCAUGACCAGGCACAAGGAGAGCAUGAAGGAGCGAGCCACUACCUAUGGCCAGUGCAGACUGGCUCAAUAAAACAGCUACAGAAUUCAUCUUACUGGGAUUUGGGGAUCUCCCUGAGCUGCAAAUUCUUCUCUUUCUUCUUUUUUCAGUGAUCUACAUUGUGACCAUGGUAGGGAACAUCCUAAUCAUUGCACUCAUUGCAACUGAUCAGCACCUGCACACCCCCAUGUACUUCUUCCUGGGGAACUUGUCCUGCUUGGAGACCUGCUACACCUGCACCAUCCUGCCCAGGCUGUUGGCCAGUCUCCUGACAGGGGACAGAACCAUUUCUGUGCAGGGCUGCCUUACACAGUAUUAUUUGUUUGGUUUAUUUGGAGCCACAGAAUGUUAUCUCUUAGCUGCAAUGUCUUAUGAUCGGUAUUUAGCAAUAUGCAAACCACUGUACUAUGGAGCCCGUAUGAAUGGCAGAUUCUGUGUCCUGCUGGCAGCUGGGUCUUGGAUAAAUGGGUUUUUGCCUAUUACUAUAACAACAUCUUUGAUGUCACAACUGCCUUUCUGUGGUCCCGGCAAGAUUGAUCACUUCUUUUGUGACUUCACCCCAGUGAUAGACCUCUCCUGUAGCGACACCCGCCUGAUAGAACUUUUGGGUGUUGUCCUGUCGGGUGUAUGUUCACUGCCCCCAUCUCUACUAACUGUAACAUCUUAUAUUUGUAUCAUCACCUCCAUCCUGAGAAUCCCGUCCACCACCGGGCGGCAAAAGGCCUUUUCCACCUGCUCCUCUCACCUCAUUGUGGUUACAACUUUCUAUGGGACCCUGAUUAUUGUUUAUCUCCUCCCCAAAACUAAGAUACUGCGAGACCUGAACAAAGUGUUCUCCGUCUUCUACACCAUCCUGACACCCCUGGUCAAUCCACUCAUCUACAGCCUGAGGAACAAAGAGGUAAAAAAGGCCCUAAAAAAAGCAGUCAGUAAAUUUACGGUUUUCGCAAGAAUUUAG